UUUUGACUCUCCGCGACACGACUUGUCGAUCGUCACUGGACCGUCUUGCCAUAUACUCCCUGCCACUGGUCACCAGUUCGGACAGAUCUCACAUUUGAGUUGAGCUAUUGUGAUGGAGUCGGCGCGUAUCGAUGCGGGGGAGGCGGUGGAGUUGCGCGGACACGUCGUGAACUGCGUGGCAGAUCGCUUCCGUAGUUCGCGCCUGUUCGCGCUCCAUUGAUUCCGUGCACACGCGCAUGGGCUGACCUGGUUGUGAUCACUCUCCCACUUUCCGAGCCGGCACUCACUCGACAGGCUGCGUACCCCGUCCUCCCUUCGACAGCGGGCUGUCGCACACUAAUUGAACACUCACGACGGCAACCAUGCACUCCGGGGAGUCUUCUAGCACGACACUCACUGCCGAGUUCCCGAGCGAACAACCAGCCCCCACGUCUCCGGCUCAACAGCCCGCACCGUCAAAGCGCCCGCGCCCGCCUGUCGCGGGCGAUCGUACCGAGCCUGAGAGCAAGCGUCUCGGGCCCUCGUCCGGCGCACGAGCCAAUCCAGGUGACCGCAGCGCGGUCAAGGCCGUCACUCGGGGCGCUGCACUCGCUGCGAGACGCGCGCAUCUGGUGGCCCUCGGGCGCGACCUGGAGGCCUGCCAGGAAGACAUCGCGCAGACGAACGAGCGGCUCGCUCGGUGCGAGGUCCAGCUGUCUGAGACGGUGACGCCGCGCGGGGACGCAGACGCCGAGCUGGCGGACGUGCGGGCUCUGAUCGGCGAGGGGCAGGUGCUCCUGGCCGAUAUGACCGCGGAGCGAGACAAGCUCGCGCAGGAGGCAGCGACGGAUAUGAUACAGGCCCUGCAUGACAAAAUCGCUUUGGAGAGGUUACGACAAGUCCGGGCAGCGCAAGCGGUCACUGUUGGUAAGCAUAUUGGGGUGCUUCUCUGGAGCGGGUACUCACAAAGCCUGUUAGUCGAUAGGCGGCCGGUCGCGGAGCGGAACAUCCAGAGUGAGCACGAUCAAGGAUGCGUGCUCAUGAAUGCUGACCACGAGCGACGAGCAGUCAUGUGCGAGAGGUUCGCCCGGGAAAUGUGGGAUCUGAUGGAUGAGAGGCUUGAUGAGCUGCCCCCUUUGCCGGCGGCUGGAGGCGCUCACGCUGCACUAGCAGCCGGAGGAUGAGCGCGCUGUUCGCAGGCGCAAGGCAAGCUCUGCCCCACCUUGUUGUCUGCCUGGGAGAGGCCUUCGCUGGGAGUCGAGGAGCAUCCUCACGCGGCAGGAUGGGGUGAGCGCGACGAUUGCUGACCUAUAGCGUCGGUGUGGAUGUUGUCAUCCAGCUCGCCGUCGGUGUGUUCAGUGCCCCAUUGAUAUAC